UAAGAAAAAGGAGGAGGAGGAGGAAUCAACAGGAGCAAGCUAUUUGUUUCCUGUGAUGUGAAGGAAUCGAUCACCAUGUUACCAAGGACUGUUGGCGCCAAUCGCGGCCUCACAUCACAUGAGACUAGAGUAGGAAAAGGAGGAGGAGGAAGAAAAAAAAAUGGUCGCGGCAAUGCAGUCAACAGGGGCGGGCAGGCAGGCGUCGGCGCGUGAGCCCUCCCCUCCCCCUCCCUCGUUUGCCGACUCCCACGCAUCACGCUCCUUGCAAUUUCUUAUUCCUCCCCCAUCGGCCCUGACUCCUCCUCCGACCACCAGUGAGGCAGCGACUCCUGCCUGCCCGUGCCCAUCGCCAGAUCUCACCGCCGCCGCCCACCCCUAGCCCCAGAUCUGCCGUGCGCCAUGGACUCCGGCGGUGGGGUCACGGCCAUCCGCCUGCCGUACCGCCAUCUCCGGGACGCCGAGAUGGAGCUCGUCAGCCUCAACGGAAGCCCUCGAGGCGGCGCCCCUGGAGAAGGCCCGCCCAAGGACCCGACUAGGGAGGGCCAGGCGGGGAGGAGCGGGAGCGGCACCUCCACGACGAAGCUGGUGCUGGCCUGCAUGGUGGCUGCGGGCGUGCAGUUCGGCUGGGCGCUGCAGCUCUCCCUCCUCACGCCCUACAUCCAGACCCUAGGAAUAGACCAUGCCAUGGCAUCAUUCAUUUGGCUUUGUGGACCUAUUACUGGUUUUGUGGUUCAACCAUGUGUUGGCGUGUGGAGUGACAAAUGCCGUUCAAAGUAUGGAAGAAGAAGGCCAUUUAUUUUGGCCGGAUGCUUGAUGAUAUGUGCUGCUGUAACUCUAAUCGGGUUUUCUGCAGACCUUGGUUACCUUUUAGGAGAUACCACUGAGCACUGCAGUACAUAUAAAGGUUCAAGAUACCGAGCUGCUACUGUUUUCAUUCUUGGAUUCUGGAUGUUGGACCUUGCCAACAAUACAGUGCAAGGUCCUGCUCGUGCCCUUCUAGCCGAUCUUUCAGGUCCUGAUCAGUGUAAUUCUGCAAAUGCAAUAUUCUGCUCAUGGAUGGCUGUUGGAAAUAUUCUUGGUUUUUCAGCUGGUGCGAGCGGGAAUUGGCACAAGUGGUUUCCUUUUCUAAUGACAAGAGCCUGCUGUGAAGCUUGUGGUAAUUUGAAAGCAGCGUUCUUAGUUGCAGUUGUAUUUCUUUUGUUUUGUAUGUCUGUUACCCUGUACUUUGCUGAAGAGAUCCCACUAGAACCAAAGGAUGCACAAGGAUUAUCUGAUUCUUCCCCUCUACUUAAUGGUUCUAGAGAUGACAGUCGUGCAUCGCAUGAACCAAAUAAUGGAAGACUUCCUAAUGGUCAUGUGAAUGGAGACAACGUCUCAGCUAACCCCAACGCUGAGGAUAUUACAGAUAUGAGUUCCAACUUGAACAGAGACAAUGGAGAAGUUUUCAAUGAUGGACCAGGAGCAGUUUUGGUUAACAUUUUGACCAGCAUGAGGCACCUACCUCCCGGAAUGCAUUCUGUGCUUAUUGUUAUGGCUCUAACAUGGUUGUCAUGGUUUCCCUUUUUCCUUUUUGAUACUGACUGGAUGGGGCGUGAAGUUUACCAUGGGGACCCAAAUGGAGACCUGAGUGAAAGGAAAGCUUAUGACAAUGGUGUCCGAGAAGGUGCAUUUGGUUUGCUAUUGAAUUCAGUUGUCCUUGGCAUUGGUUCUUUCCUUGUUGAUCCACUAUGUCGGAUGAUUGGUGCAAGAUUGGUUUGGGCAAUCAGCAACUUCACAGUGUUUAUCUGCAUGGUGGCUACAACGAUACUAAGUUGGAUCUCGUCGGAUCUUUAUUCAAGUAAACUUCAUCACAUCAUUGGAGCAAAUAAAACUGUAAAAAUUUCAGCAUUGAUUGUUUUCUCUCUUCUUGGAUUGCCACUCUCCAUCACCUAUAGUGUUCCAUUUUCUGUAACUGCCGAACUGACUGCUGGAACAGGUGGUGGGCAAGGUUUAGCUACAGGAGUCCUCAAUCUUGGUAUCGUUGUUCCCCAGAUAGUAGUCUCACUUGGAGCAGGUCCAUGGGAUGCUCUCUAUGGGGGAGGAAACAUCCCUGCGUUCGCCUUGGCUUCGGUUUUCUCCCUGGCAGCUGGUGUGCUUGCAGUUCUGAAGCUACCGAAGCUGUCAAACUCGUACAGAUCUGCCGGUUUCCAUGGAUUUGGGUGAUGCUUGUGCUCAAAACCGGCUGCUGUGUAACAUUCGGAUAUUCUCGGCAACACUGAGGUCCAUUUUGCCAUUCGUUUACAGUGAAAUGAUUCUUUUUCCUCCUGCCACUACAGAGUAAUAUUGAGAGUAGACGUUAAAUAGAGAGGCUAGUUAGGUUCAUGUGCAUACAAGGCAAUGCAAAGGUGUAAAAGAUGUAUCUUUUAUUUUUUGGCAAUAUAUGUAAGAGCUGCUCGUACGACAGAGAAAUUUUACAGUUGUAUAAGAAGUUUUUGUCCUAACCUGCCCUCGUUUGUACACGUUUCUGUGCAUUUCUAAGGGAAAGUUGUUUGAUA